AUGACGCUGUCACUGUUCAGCCUUUUGGAGAGUAGAGUGGAUCCCGCGGCUCAUGAGAGCGCACAUCUUGAAGAUUUGGAGCAGAGCUUUAGAAUCAAAGAACGCACGAUACCACCGCUAAGAAAUGUGCUUCUCAAAAGGAAAAUCCAUCCGAAUAAUACCACCAUAUCUAAUCCGGAUGAAGAUGUGAGAGACUUACAGCAUCGAACGACGGGAGGACGAGUGAGGGCGAGGAGUCCUUAUGCAGAGCCAGAUUAUAUUAGUUCUCACGGCAAAGGAGAACAAUUGACCGAGAAGAACGUAACUAAGGGGAUGAGGAUACGGUGA